AGCCGCGUCACUUUAGUCUCGCGUCGCAUUUCGAGCGAUUCGGAAGCAUUUCGAAAAAACUGAAAAGAAGAACCCGAAACGUGGAAUCAGCCAAGCAUUAAAUAUCUUGUUUGGCAUUUGUGCCUUGUCGAUCCCUCGCAUCGUCUCUAUGUGUGUUUCAACGAAUCCAUUUUCUAACCGAAUAAUAAACAAGCAUAAAAUAGAAGCUACAAUUCAAUAAAAUUAAAAUAAAAAAAUCGUUCGUGGAUUUAGUCAAGCAAAAUGGAUAGCAGCAAAUUAUUAAAGAACGUCUUUGGCAUCGACAUACACUUUAAAGAUCUCGUUUAUCAAGUAAAAGCACCGAAACAAAAAGAAAAGAAAUCUGUUCUAAAAGGUAUUACGGGCACAUUCAAGUCGGGGGAAUUAACCGCCAUUAUGGGCCCAUCAGGUGCCGGAAAAUCUAGUUUAUUGAACAUUCUCACUGGCCUGAACAAAUCUGGUGUGAGCGGGACUAUUGAAAUUGGCAAGGCGCGUAAGCUCUGCGGAUAUAUAAUGCAAGAUGAUCACUUCUUCGAAUGGUUUUCGGUGGAGGAGACAAUGCUGCUGGCAGCUACACUUAAAAUCUCUAACAAAUGCGUGAAUAUAAAGGAAAAGCGAAUAUUGAUCGACCACCUUUUGACUACAUUGAAGCUGACGAACGCAAAGCAGACGAAGUGCUCAAAACUCAGUGGUGGGCAGAAGAAGCGUUUAUCCAUUGCACUGGAAUUAAUAGACAAUCCAGCGGUGCUAUUCUUAGACGAGCCCACAACCGGCCUGGACAGUUCAUCCUCCUUUGAUACCAUACAGCUGCUGCGCGGUCUGGCGAAUGAGGGACGAACUAUUGUUUGCACGAUUCAUCAGCCCUCGACGAUCAUUUACAAUCUGUUCAACCUCAUAUACGUGCUGAGCUCGGGAAGAUGCACGUACCAGGGCACGCCUCAGAACACAGUCGAUUUUCUUAAAACUGUUGGACUUGAUUGUCCAGCUUACCACAAUCCAGCCGACUAUCUUCUCGAAUGCGUGAAUGGUGAUUACGGUGACUAUACUGAGGCUUUGGCAGAAUGCUCGAAGGAUUCACGCUGGUGCUACGAUCAAGAGCUGCUGCAGGAUAGUGCUGAGCCACCAAGCGAGGCCCAAGUGGCCAAGUUCAAUGAGUUAAGAGGCCAGCCCCCGAAAUUGACGAAAGCAGAGCCAACAAAUGAGCUGACAAGGCACACAUAUCCCCCACCGGAAUGGAUGCGUUUGUGGCUGCUAAUCGGACGCUGUCACUUGCAGUUCUUUAGAGAUUGGACCGUUACCUAUCUUAAAUUGUUUACGCACAUUCUUUCCGCUGUAAUGAUUGGCUUAUUCUUUGGAGACUCUGGUAUAAAUGCCACUAAACAAAUCUCAAAUGUGGGCAUGAUCAUGGUCCACUGUGUCUACUUAUGGUACACGACAAUAAUGCCGGCUAUAUUACGCUAUCCUCUGGAAAUCGAAAUAAUUCGCAAGGAGACCUUUAAUAAUUGGUACAAACUGAAAACUUACUAUGUCGCCACUUUAAUCACUUCGACGCCGGUUCAUAUCAUGUUUUCCACCGUUUAUAUAACUAUUGCCUAUUUGUUGACUGAUCAGCCAGUAGAAAUCGAUCGGUUUGUCAAAUUUCUGCUGACUACCGUGGUGGUUACGAUUUGUGCCGAUGGCCUCGGCGUAUUUCUGGGCACGAUUUUGAAUCCGGUUAAUGGCACCUUCGUGGGCUCUGUUUCCACCUGCUUUAUGCUGAUGUUCUCGGGUUUUCUCAUCCUACUAACCCAUAUACCAGCUGCCCUUCGUUUUAUUGCCUUUCUCUCGCCAUUACGAUACGCACUUGAAAAUAUGGUAAUCUCACUCUACGGAAAUAAUCGCGACAAUUUGGUGUGUCCACCAAACGAACUCUACUGCCAUUUUAAGAACGCCAUUACAGUAUUGCGUCAGUUUGGCAUGGAACAAGGGGAUUUUGGAUAUAAUAUCCUUAUGAUUCUUGGUCAGGUAGCGCUAUUUAAAAUUUUGGCUUACUUCACACUAAAACGCAAGAUUAAAUGUGGUUGAUCGCACUGCUCCGACACGGAUCGCUGUAUUAGCUUAUAAUAAUACGAAUUAUUGUGAUUUUAUGUUACUUAUCGCUUACUCACAGCGAACAUUCUUAUAUCGGCGUGUGAUACUUUAAAUAGUUCAACGAACCAAUUUAAUGUUAACUAUUGCUAAAGAAUUGUGAAAAUAGCAAAUAUAGUUUUUAUACUGUUUUUUACAAAUGCGAUUGCAUACAUUUUCAAGCUAGGUAGCAUAUACUAAAAAUAACUUAGGCUUAAGGCAAUUGUAAUAUUUGUACAUAUAUAUUGAAAGUGGCUAAAAUAUAGAAAACGAAGUUUUCUUAAAAGGUG